AUGUCUGAGCGCAAAGUUCUCACCAAGUACUACCCCCCGGACUUCGACCCGUCAGCCAUAACCCGGCAGAAAAAACCAAAGGAUGCCGCCCCACGACUCCAAACAGUCCGGCUGAUGGCGCCUUACUCGAUGAAAUGCACCCACUGCGGCGAGUACAUCUACAAGGGCCGCAAGUUCAACGCGCGCAAAGAAACCACCGAAGAAAAGUACUUCUCGAUCCCGAUCUACCGGUUCUAUAUCCGAUGCACACGCUGCUCGGGCGAAAUCACCUUCAAGACGGACCCCAAGAACAUGGACUACCGGGCCGAAAAGGGCGCCAAGCGCAACUUCGAGCCCUGGCGCAACCCCGAAGCCGAGACGUACAACGAAACCGAGCAGGAGACGCUGGACCGGCUUGAGCGUGAGGAAAAUGAGGAGCAGGAGCGGCUGGAACGCGACAAGAUGGAGGAGCUGGAGGAGAAGAUGCUGGACUCGAAGCGGGAGAUGGCGAUUGCGGAUGCGCUGGAUGAGAUCCGUACGCGGAAUGCGCGCAUCGAGCGGAAUGAGGCGCGUGGGGACGAGGCGGCGCUGGCUGUCGUGCGCGAUCAGGUGGAUGAGGCACGGUUGCAGCAGGAGAAGGAGGAUGAGGAGGCUGCGCGGAGGGCCUUUAUGACCGAGUCAGGGGAGCGGGUGAAGAGGUUGGUUGUUGAGGAGGGUUCACCGAAUGGGAGUGCCACGCCUGAGUCCAAGACGGAGUCACCUGCGCCGCCGCCAUCGUUCGCUCGGGUUAAGAAGGCAAAGAAGCCGCCAGUGAAUAGCUUGGGCAUCAAGAAGAAGGUGAAGCCGUCUUUGGUUUAG